AUGAACGACGUAUUUGUUGUAACUGCACUGAUUGAUAUGUAUAGCAAAUGUGGAUGCUUGGACAAUGCAUACCAAGUGUCUGAGAAGAUGCCGCAGAGGGAUGUGGUUGCUUGGAACUCCAUGGCUGGUGAUGUUCUACCACUCGCUGGCGCUGAUGAUGAAAUUAUGGAUUCUACAACAUCAGGUGCCAAUGCUUCUAGUUCCGUCUCUGCUAACAAUAUAGAAGUUGACAUAUCUACGAAAACCAAGUCACUAAGAUCAGCGGUAUGGAAAGAGUUCAGCAGGACAAUAAACGAAUCAGGAGAAAGACUUGCAUCAGUCAUCAAAGAUUGUUUACUAAAAUGGAAUAUUGAUCGCAAGUUAUUUUCAAUUACAUUAGAUAAUUGUUCAACAAAUGAUAUCAUGGUUACAAAAUUGAUAGAGUGGCUUCUUGAAAAGGAUGCACUUGUCUGUAAUGGAAAAUUUUUUCAAGUUAGAUGUGCUGCUCAUAUUCUUAAUUUGGUUGUGCAAGAUGGUGUCAAAGAAAUAAGUGAUGUGAUUGACAAGAUCAGAGAAAGCAUAAAAUAUAUUAAGGCAUCUCCAGCUCGCUGUGAAAUUUUUGAUCGAGCAGUGCGUCAUGUCAAAGUUACUUGUGAAAAAAAGUUGUGCCUUGAUGUUCCAACUAGAUGGAACUCAACAUUUCUUAUGCUUGAUGUAGCUUUACAAUAUAAAGAAGCUUUUGGUCGUUUUGAAGAACUUGAUCGUCACUAUCAUUUCAGACCGACAAAGGAUGAGUGGAAGAAGGCUACUAUUAUUCAUAACAGUUUGAAGGUAUUUUAUGAUGCUACUAAUGUCAUUUCUGCAGUCAAGUGUCCAACUUCCAAUAUCUUCUUUAAAGAGUUUUGUGAGAUAAAGUUGGAAAUUGAAAAAAUGUGUUCAAGUUCAGAUAUUUGA